ACGCUUUUGGCUUUUGGCUUUUGGCUUUUUGGACCCCAAUGCGUCCUCACCCAAACACGCCCUUUCUUUCUUUUAUUUUCUUUGUUUUCCAUCUAAUAAAUUUCUCUCAUUCAUUCAUUCCUUUCCUUCCAUAUUUGACCCACUUGCUCAACUCAUUCUGCAAAUUGCUAAUUUACUAAAUUGCUAGGGCUUCUUCCCGCACCACCUUUCUCCUUGUUUAUCUUGUUUCUUUUUCUGCUGAUAGAAAGCUCAAGAGGAAAAAAGAUCCAGGUUGACUCUUCUUUGCCGUAUCACUUCCUCAAGUCAAGGCGUGGGUUUUGGAGUUUCUGAAAUUGGGUUAUCUUUGUGGAAUGCUUGUGGUUCAAUUAUAGAAUCUGUCUGAGCUUGGAACUUUUGCUGGUUUCUGAAGCUAAUUGUAUCUGCGGCUUUUGUGUUGGACUGUGAGGGCAGCUUUUGUGCUUUUCGAUUUGUUUGAAUUGGUUGCAUUUUCUAAGAUUGUUGCCUUCAAUACUUAUCACUGAACAAAACUGGGGUUGUUUUGAGCUUGGUUUGUGAGUUUUUGGGUAUCCUUUGAAGCUUUGGAAUGGUUUGACUUUGUGGGUAUUUAGCAGAAGUACAUAUAUUUCGUUUGGUGAAGUUGUAUUUGAGAUUCAAGGAGUUGGAAAGUUGUACUCGAGCCUUCUUUUGAAGUUCUGGGCAAUUGUUUUGAAGCUAAUGCGAAUGGCUUGACUUUGUGGGACAUUGGCGAAAGUUAAUUGGUUGGUGGUGUGAGUUUGUUUGUGUUUUCCUCAAAAUGGAUAACUCCGCAAACAGGCAUAAUGAUCAUUUGGGUGUGAACAAAAUUGGGAAAAAUAUAAGGAAGAGUCCAUUGCACCAACCCAAUUUUGCUAAUAAUGCCGCUAGGCAACAGCCUCAGCCUCAGGUAUACAACAUAAGCAAGAAUGAUUUCCGCAACAUUGUUCAGCAGCUUACUGGUUCGCCAUCACAAGAACCUUUGCCUAGACCUCCUCAGAAUCCGCCAAAACCCCAAAGUAUGCGGUUGCAGAGAAUUCGGCCUCCUCCAUUAACACCUAUCAAUAAUAGACCAGUAAUACCGCCUCCGGCUCCUCAUCCUUCAGCUCCACCGCUGGUUCCAUACAAUAAUAACUUCAUGAGGACUCAGUUUGGACAACCAUCACCUACACCGAUGCCGCCAUUUCCACAUGGAGACUCAAUGUGGGCAAAUACAGCUGAGUCUCCUAUCUCAGCAUAUAUGAGGUACCUUCAAAGUUCGAUGCUGGAUCCAACUCCAAGGGGUAACCAAGCUCAGCCACAACCACAAGGUCCAGGUCAAAGUCAGUCUCAGGCACCAUCGACUGGUUUACUUCCUAACCCAUCCAUGCCUGCUCACCCGCCCCCCAGAAUGAAUGGUCCUGUACCACCUGCGCCUAAUCUACCACACCCACCAGUGAAUGGUCCUGCCCUCUUACCCUCACCAACUUCACAGUUCUUAUUGCCAUCCCCAACAGGUUUCAUGAACCUGUUGUCCCCAAGGUCACCUUAUCCAUUGCUUUCACCUGGGAUGCAGUUUCCUCCACCACUGACCCCCAAUUUUCAGUUUUCACCCAUGGCCCAAUCAGGGAUAUUAGGUCCAGGGCCUCAACCUCCACCCUCUCCGGGUUAUUUGUUUCCAUUAUCUCCUUCGGGGUUUUUCCCCAUUUCAAGUCCAAGAUGGAGGGAACAAUAGUUGUCAAACCAUUGUUAUGUAUGUCAGUUCCAUGCUUUCUCCUGAGGUCUGUCUUUAUGUGGACUCUCUCAUCUACUUCUUCAUUUGUGAAAACAGUGUUGUAUACUGGUAGUGUAAGUGGCCCUUUGGGCCACCUCUAGUGUUCAUCUCUCAUUUUUUUAUCUUUCUUUCGUUGAUACUCACUCUACAUCUUUUUUUAUUCUGGACUCCUGUAUCAGCUGCUAUCUUUUUUAUUUAAUUUUGUUUUCAACAAGUUUAAUUUAGGCAAUAUAGUGAAGAUCAACAAUGCAAUGGGAAGAUUGGACAGGAGCUGUAAUUUGGAAGACUGGAAAGAUGGAGCUAUAACAUGAAAGGAGGUAGGACACUUGAAAAUUAAUAUGUAGGGUCUUUAGUGGAAGGUCUAUAGUGGAAGAGUUCUUGUAAUUUUGUGAUAUUUGAAUUAAACUGUAGUUUGAUGAUGUUAAUUCUUCUUAAGUUAGCUGGCAUGCGAAAUGAAUUUUCGUAUUAAUGAUUAUAGUUUUGUUGUACCUAGAUUUGUUCAAUGAAGAAUUUCUUGUUUGACCAACUCAUAAUUUGAAUAAUGCUACUAGUUCGUUGUUUUUCUGCUUUAAA